GACUUCAUAUGAAGUUGAGCUGUAGAAUUAACUAAUUAUUUACUGUGCUAUGAUGAUUGUUGUUACUAUGACAACCAAUAACAUACAUCAUUUUCCAGCCCCAUUAUCAAACCAUUCUCAGGCCCCUUCUAGUACAAAAAAGAAAAAAGAAAGAAAGAGCUCAGAAUAGAAAAGCUUGUGUUCUGUUGUUCCCCUCAUUUGCUAAUAUUAUUUAGAUUCCAGUCUGGCUUAUAGACUAACAAUAAUCCCUUUCAUAACUACCACUCUGGGAAGCUCUAUGUAAUUAUACACAUAUACAAACGAUAAUUCAUGAAAGAUUAAUGAUUCUGCUUCCAGCUCCAUUUUUUUAAACAUAUCUUGUUCAUCUCCUAGAAAUGUGCACCAAUUAUUUUGUGUCUCUUAAAUAUCUGAAUUUCAGACAAUAACAAAAACACAUGAUAAUAUGAGAUAUAAGGACCCUUUAUACUUUAUCCAACCUCUGUUAUCAUCUAAUAAGCAACACAUUAGCAAAAUAUCCAAUACUUUCAUUUACCUGUUCAUCAACUCCAUCAUUUGUAAUGUUAUUGAUAAAAUGCAAAGCCCAACAUUGUAUAAGUAUGACACAAACCAACAAUCUUUCUUCAGUGUAGACAAAGAUACAAGUGAUUCUCUAUACACUGGUAAUGAAGAAAAUACAAACAUUUACUCUCUAAACCCUAAAGCUAAUCAACAGAAGAGUGUGCCUAAAAAUACAUUUCCCUUUGAUGAUACCAUGACUAGAUUUGAAAUGGGUGCAAGAGAUCAAAACUCUACUGAGGAGGAGUUAGCUAAAUCUAACAAUUUUUCUAUCAAUGAUAGGUCUCAGAACAGAUCAGACCAAGCUAAUAUUAGUAAUCAUAUGAAAACUGACAGCUUGCUAGCUCAUGAAUCAAAAUUUUUAGGUGUCAAAGAUUCUGCACAUGAAGAUCAGUAUAGGAGAAAUGUAUCUGAAGAAAUAUCACUUCUUGAAGAAAAUAGAGCAAACUACAAACAGUUUGCUUCACAGCUUGGUGCCCAGUUAUGGAACUCACAGAAGGAGAUGAAGGAGGAACGAUCCAAGCACAAACCUGGUAGUAAUGACCCUGUUAAUCGUAUAGAUCAUCAUACCUAUCAGUCUUAUGCUGCUGGAAUACUACAUUCCUCGAAAAGAUCUGAAAAAUUUUUAAAGCUCAAGAAAAACUUUGACAUACUCAAUCAGAUUUCUGUUCUUGAGAAUCACUAUGGCAUUUCUAGUACUGCUGUGUCUGAACCAAACAACAAUAACUAUAAUAAGCUUCCCCCUAAAAAACUUCGCAUGCUGAACCAACUCUACCAGGAAUUAAAUGAUGCGCAAAGCAAAAGAGAAUUCUAUUGCUCUCUACAUUCUGUCCAAAAUCACUGGAAUCCAAAUAAUGACCAAGGGUUGAAGCUUCAAAAACCUUUUAGAGAUCGAUUUGCAGUUUACAGUAAAGGUGUUAACAGAAACCAACCUGUGAAACAUGCCGAGAUAGGUCAAAUAAAGUCAUCACAAUCAGUUAAGAAUCUAUGUAUGAAAUAUACCCAACUUGAUAAUGAGAACAAAGAUCAGAAAUUGAAAUUUACCAAAAAUGAUUCCAACUCAAAACAACACAAUACUUUACCAAGGGUUCUUACAGAAAGAAAAAAAGACAAUCUUGGAUCAUACACACCCCGACCUAUUCAUGGGACUAAUAUUGAAGAAGUUCCACAUUUAUAUGAAAUUCAUGUAAAACAUGCUCGGUCAUUGCCUCGCCUAAAUUUGCAAUCAUUACAUAUUCGUUCUGAAUCGGCACCUUACGAAAAUAAACGUGAGAGGCAUUCUCCAGUUCUGACAAGGUCAUCAUCAUGCAGAGACUCUUUUUUUGAUUUCUCAAGGAAUUUAGAAAAUAAUAACACCAACAGCAGCAGCAAUGACUUUCAUGGAAAUUUUCCAGAAAAUAAUUCAUCUAUUUCAGCAAUUCAUAACAAUUUGACAUUAAGUUCACCACAUGCAAAUGAUUGUUUAAAUAAAUCAUCUUUUAGUUCAUCUUCAACUGAAAAUGAUAUUCAUUUCAAUGGUAGUAAGUAUCAAUAUGGUGAAGAAUCUACAAGAAAUCCACAUGAAAACCUGUCUUUUAAGCAUGAUAGAAAGUUAACAGUAAUGAACAAAGACAGUGUCAUGAAUAACAUGACUUCCAUUGAUUCUCAUCCAUCUUCUCAGAAGGAAAACUGCAAUCCUUUCCAAACUGAAAAUGAUUACAAUCAGAUCACAGCACCUCUAACAAAUGGGGACAAAGAUCAUCAGAAUUCUACAGCAAGGAAUAAUGAUGAUACUGUGAAUCCAGUAUUUUAUAUCCGUGAUGUAAAGAGUUUUGUCAAAGACAAUAACGAAUUUUAUAGGGAAUCUCUUUUCGAUGUACCAAACCAGUAUUUUGAAGUUCCAGUUUUAAAUUCUUCACCUCCAGAUUCUCCUCCACCUAUUGAUGAAUUAGAUAGGGAAGAAGUAGCCUUUCUAAUGCAGUCACAUGACCCCCAUGAUAUUUAUCCUUACAAACAUUUUCCAACAGAUGAUCCUGCUAUUUAUUUUGAUGAUGACUUGGGACAAGGACAGAGAUUAUAUAAAUCCUUAUCUGUACCUUCUUUCCACACUAGUAAUGAAGCAGAGGAUUAUUUAUUAGAGAGCCAACCUGUGGAAUCUGAAGAUUUACAUGUUGAUAACAAAAAUCUAAAUCAAAUUAAAGAUGGCCAUCAUCCUAAUUUUACAAUGCCAUACUCUUUGCAAGCACCUAUGCAGUCAUUUGAACAUGUUGAACCUCAAGAGCAAGUUCCAAAUCAUAUUCAAGAUACAUGUAGUGCUAGUAAUUGUCAGUCAGAAAAUAAUCAAAUAUACAAAAUUGAUGAAAAUUUAACUAUUCAAGGGCUAGACAGUGCUGAUAAGGAACUAAUAAGAAACCACAUUAAUAAUUUAAAUGGAGAGUGUUUACUUUCUGAACUGUUGUGCUCACGUAAUAGAAGGUCUCAUAGGAUUUCAAAUAAGCAAAAUAACUAUACAAAUAGUAAAGUUGAUCCCCAAAAUAUUAUAGAAAACUCUAAAGAAAAUAAGGCUAUCUCUAACACAAUUGGAGACAGGUCUACUGUAAGUUCAGUUGUCAUCUCACCCAAUCCAAUUUCUUUGACAACUGAAUGUACAAGACCUACCACAACUAUUCACUCCCUCCAACUAAGUUCUAAUCCCUUCUAUACUCCUGCCAGCUCAGAAAUUUCCACUUCAUAUCAAUCUGACUUAUUGCAUAAACCAUCUGAUAGUAAGAUAGUGAAAAAAACAUCUAAACCACCAGAGGUUCCUCCUCGUACAUCAGGUAUAAGCAUUAUUAAAGCGGCUAGAUCAGGUGUACCACCUCAUAUACAUGGAAUAAACACAGCAAAAACAUCUCCUGUACUAGAUCUGCCACCAAGCAUGUCUGAAAUAAACCCACUUAAAAGAUAUGACUACUCUGUUUCCCCAGACACAUCUGGGAUAAAUCCAUUUAAAACAUCAAGCCAACCAGAUAUAUCUACAAACAUAUCUGGAGUUAAUCCAUUAAAUAUAUAUAACCAGUCUAAUGUCACAACAAUUGGAGUAAAUCCUUUUCUAACUUUUAAUCAAUCAGAUAUAUCUCCAAGCAGGUCUAGUAUCAACUCCUUUCAAACAUUUAGUCAACCUAAUCUAUCUCUUAACACCUCUGGAAUGAAUCCAUUUAAAGCUGCUAUCCCAUCAGAUAGGCCUCUUAACACAUUUGCAUCAAAUCCAUUUAAACCCUCUAAUUUGUCACAGCUAUCUCAUAGCACAUCUGGAGUUAGUGUAAAUGUAUUAUCUAAUCAACCAGAUUUAUCAGCUGGCAUUCAUGGAGUUAACACUGUCAAAACACCACAAACUCAACCAGUUUUAUUGAAUGAUACUCACAGAAUGAAUAUUGUCAACACAAUGCAAAAUGAACUACAAAACAACAACUGGCAAAUGACUUCAAAUACCACAGCUACUACUACUACUACUUCUACAAUAACUACAACAGCUAAUGCAACAACUACUAUUAGUACUACAACAACUACAACUGCAGAACAGGAAAUGAUUAUUUCACAGCCAGACCAAGAAAAUACAGCUUAUAAACAUCAAACAUCGGACAUCAAGCCGAGUCCAACAACAGCCGAGAAAGAGAGGAGACGGAAAGAAGAAGAUGAAGAAUACAGAAAAAAGAGAUUGGAACAACUUUAUGACGAAGAAAGGCGUAGGAAAAAGAUUCUUGAAGAAGCAGAUAUAGAAGCCAGAAAGCAUUGUGAUGUAUUUACUAAAGCGAGCCCACUUCGUAUAAUUUCCUAUUCUAGAGAUUUUGGUCAUUUUGACUGUGGCCAUGCUGGAGCACCGCCUUUAGUCAAGCAAAUCGACUCCAGGACUUAUUGUUUUCCAUCCCAGAAAUCUCCAAUACCAAAUGAUAGGUUUGAAGAAGUGGUUAGCACACUGAGUGUACCUCCUGAGCGCCGUAGAGGCUUUCAAAUCCAGGGAAAAGCAAGAGCACUCUAUUCAUUCAAAGCCCAGAAUUCAAAAGAAUUAUCAUUUAGAAAAGGAGACAUUCUUUAUCUUCACCAUCGACUUGAUAAGAAUUGGUUUGCAGGGGAGAAGCAUGGACGUUAUGGCAUCUUCCCAUGCAGCUAUGUUGAGGUAUUAACUUCAAUAGAAGCAGCCAAUGCAGCAGCUUUGCAAGCUGAAGGUCAGGCCCGUGCAAAGUAUAAUUUUGUGGCUCAGACAUCUGUGGAGUUGUCUUUGAAAAAGGGUGACAUGAUUACCUUAUUACGCAAAGUUGAUGAGAACUGGCUUGAAGGCCGCAUUGGUUCAAGGCAGGGUAUUUUCCCUAUUAGUUAUGUUGAAGUGAUGAGGCAGCCAUCCACUCCACUGGUAACCCCUGCACCGUCAGUAAUAUGUACACCAAUGACAGCAACCCCAGAAAUGCUAUCACCUGUUGGAUUUGAUGCUCCCACGCCGCCACCACAACCCUCACCAAGUGCCUUCAAUUACCAAAGACCUGGAUAUCUCUCACACUUGCAGAGUCCACCAGUAAUCAGUCCUUCUGUCUCCAAAACUGUUUUGUCCACCCCAACUCAACACUACCAACAAACAAGUUAUAAUGACCAUGCCAACAUUUUGAACUCUCUGGAGAGCCAAAUUAUUUCUCCGAAAACAAAACAAAGUCCAAGUGCUGGUCGUAAAUCCAUGUCCCCUAUCAACAAAACUCCAUCAGUUAUUCAAAUAGCAGCAAAACCUAAAUUUACUCUUCCUGAAGACGAUCUAGCUUUGAAAACGUAUCGUGCAAUUUAUGCUUAUAAACCUCAGAAUGAAGAUGAAUUAGAACUUUGGGAAGGAGAUGAAGUGUAUGUGAUGGAAAAGUGUGAUGAUGGGUGGUACGUGGGUACUUCAGGGCGUACAGGAAUAUUUGGAACUUUCCCAGGAAACUAUAUUCAACCUGUAUGAUCCCAGCAAUGAAAGAUUGAAGAGAACUGAUUAGCUCCCCAUUAAAAAACAAGACAAAAAAAUAGAAAAUGGAAAAAAAAGAAAUGCAGAAUUUAUGAAGCCAUACUACAUAUAUGCCAAAAUCUAUUUAUUUAAUUUAUUUUAAUGAUAUUUUUUUUAAUAAUCUAGAGAA